AUGACUGAAAAGGCAGACACGCUGGAGCCUUAUAGGCAGUAUGUCUACUUCGCCGCCUUUGGUCUUAUUCUGGGCGCUGGGAACGAUUUGUUUUGGCUGGUCUUCCAGCCUUCCUUCUUCAGCAAGGGCUUUCUGCCCUCGGGGAGCACGGAUGAAUCGCAAAUCUCGCGGCUGCUCCUGAUCCUAGGGUUGGCCGCCGUUGGGGGAGGCCUGUACUAUGUGGCGAGUGUGGUUCUUGCCCCGGCCGAGCUGCCUUCAGUAGAGGCUGUACUCAGCAAUGAGGAGGACUCUGUGCAGGAGGUGGAAGACGACAGGGUUUUGUACCGGCUGCAGGGCACAUGGUACUAUGGCCAGAACCUCGGCCAGAGCUACACGAUUUCAAAGCGAGAUGGAAGCUGGAGAUUUGAGGAGGAGUUUGCAGGGAGGAGGUGUACCUCAACCCUGCGCCUUGUCGGCGAUUGGGCGGAGGGUCAACUCAUCGACCAAAAGGGGCAAAGCACGGGGACGAUCCGCCUGCAGAGAGGCGAGGGCAACUCUGUCCUGUCUUACGUGCGGGAGCUUGGUAGCUCGAAUUGGUCAAAUCCCAACGAGGCCAUCGGCUGGUGA